GCAUGGAAGCAAAGCAAAGGCCGAGAAUGGCGGCAACCCACUACUCGAGACCCAUAAAUCUCACAUCAACCCCACAAACACAAUACCAUUACUCAACCGAGAGAGAGAGAGAGAGAGAGAGAGAGAUUUGUAUUAAAAUAUGAGAUAUGGGUCAUGUGGUGGCCUAUUAGAAAUUAAGCUCUAGCAGCAGAAAACAAAAGAAGGUGGGUCGUCUAAGGCUCUAAACUCUGGUUUUUCUAUUUCUGGAAAGUGGUGCGUUUUAUUAUCAUGACUAUGGAUAGCUUUAACGUUUUUGACAAGGAAGCAAAAGAAAAUAGAUGUGAUUUUCCCAAGUUUGGUGUGAAGCUGCAGGGCCUUGACGCGUUUACUAGCAAGGCGAUUAUGGGUCAUGAUGAUGGAAAUCAGCACCGUCCGUUUCCAUCAUCAUCUGAGAGUUGGGUUGGCGAUGGUGAUGGUCCCACGUGUAACGACAGGGCUAUAACUAAUGAUGCAUACCAUGUUGUUGCUUCUUGUUCUGGUGCCGCUGUUACAAGUGCAGGUACAAUUGUAAGAGCUGUGCAGCCUUUUGACAUUUCUCCCACUACAGCUCUUCAGACCGCCUCCAAGUCCCCAGGGAGGAUGGCAACAACAACAACGACAUCAUCUUUGGGGUUUCCUUUUACAAAUACACAGUGGAAAGAGCUUGAGAGACAAGCCAUGAUAUACAAGUACAUGAUGGCUGCUGUUCCUGUUCCUCCUGAGCUCCUCAUUCCCGUUAGCAGGACUUCCUCAGACCCUGCUGCUUCCCACUCUCCCUUGGUUAGCAGUGGUCUGAAGCUGAGGCUGUCGAGCAGUACAGAUCCAGAGCCAGGGAGGUGCAAGAGAACAGAUGGGAAGAAAUGGAGAUGCUCCAGAGAUGUGGCGCCUGAUUACAAGUACUGUGAGCGCCACUUGCACAGAGGCCGUCCCCGUUCAAGAAAGCCUGUGGAAGUUCAUGCCAACAACGACAACAUCAAGAGGUCUCGCCGUGAAGAUUAUCAGCCUCUUCCUACUCCCCCUGUUUCUAACCCCACAAUCAAUACUAGUGCCUUUUCAUCUCAGUUUCUUGGACCUACUUCCGGUCAGCCGUACCACCAUCAGCCUACUGUUGUCUCCGUUGCAUCCCAAAAAGAACCAAGGAGCUUGGACUGGAUGUUGAAAGGAGAACCUGUUCCAAUGGCUACAACUGUCCAACAAUGGCAAUCUCUGAUGCAAAAUAAAAUGGAAUUAAGCUAUGGGCCCUCGUUCUAUAACGCCAAUGCCUCUGCCUUCAAACAAAAUUACUCAGAGGAGCCCCUGAAUGUGAAUUCAUAUACGUAUUUCAGCAGCUGUGAAGAUCCACGGAACAAAGACUGUUGUUUGUUCCUCAACCCAGAUAUGGUUUCUAAUCAUCAAGAGCCUAACACGGGAACCACAAGGGGUUUUAUUGAUGCAUGGUCUAAUGCAGUAACAGAGGAGAACAUAGCCAACUCUAGUGCCAUGUGCUCUGUCUCAUCGGACGGGCUCUCACCCUCUUCACUCACUCUAUCAAUGGGUGGCAGCAACUCCAUUGGAGAAGAAAUUGGUCAGAUCCACAUGGGCUUAGGCCAAAUUGAAAGGGAUCGAAACAAUGAAAGUGGUGGUAGCAAAUCCCAUCUCUUAAGCUGGCUCACCCCUGCUGCUUCAGUUGCUCCCGCACCAGGUGGGCCUUUAGCUGAGGUGUUAAGGCCAAGCACGGUUGCAACCACCGCCGGGGCGGCAUCCGAGCCGUCAACUCCAAUUGCCGGGAACGGCGAUUCAAGUAGUUCUCCAGCAAUCAUGGUCUCAUCACCCUCUGGGGUGCUUCAGAAAACAUUUGCUUCAUUCUCUGAUAGUAGUGGUAAUAGCAGCCCAAACCUUGGGACUUCAAGGGCCAAUCCUGAGAUCGCUUUGCCGUGGUUGAAUUAGAGCAAAUUGGCACCGUGAUCUUCUUGAAUGAACAUGAUGAAUUACAGUUAUUGUUCUCUUAGUUUCAUUGUGAUCUUAGUUUGGAUAAUCAGUUGUGUAUCUGGAAUUAGCUUUGUGGGAUAUUGAACUCUGUUUUUUUAAGGUCAAAUGAGAAUCUGUUUGGAGUUGUGGUUUGUGUUGA